AUGAGAGAUCGGAGCCACUUUCAAGAGUUGCCCACCGAGCCACACGGGAUCUUUUGGCAAGACAAUUUUGUUGAUGCCGAACACGAGCAACGACUCAUCUCGGUCUUUUCCAACGAGCUAGAAUGGCCCGACCGCCCUGGCCGAAUAUCGCUCCACUAUGGCUACAGCUUCGACUAUAAAACAUUCGGAAUAGACCCUGAGAUUCCAUACAAGGAAUUCCCAGAAUGGCUCCUGCCUCUCAUCCCGACAACCGAGGACCGGCCUCCAGACCAGGUCUGUCUGCAGUACUAUCCUCCAGGCGCGGGCAUUCCGCCCCAUGUAGAUGCACACAAGCCAUAUGAUCAGCUCUACGCGCUAUCUCUUGGUGCACCGGCGAUUAUGAUAUUCCGCCGGGGCGAGGAACGCGUCGAAGUUGACUUGACCCCGCGGAGCAUGAUACAGAUGAGCGGCGAGUCAAGGUUGCAUUGGACGCAUGGUAUUAGGAAGCGAAAGAAUGAUCCUCUCCCGGAUGGGACGGCGAGGCCGCGCGGGAAGCGCUGGAGUAUCACUUAUCGCUGGCUCAGGGAUGGGGAAUGUGAAUGUGGGAAUCUGGAGCUGUGUGACACGGCUCAGCGACGGAAUGGUGUUGAAAAAGAGAAGAGAUCGCUAAAGGCUUUGGCGGAGCAGGCUGCGCUCACGGCACCGGUGGUAUAG